UACUGUCACCAUCUAAAUUUUCGUAGUGACAAAUUUUUGCUCCCACCAAAACCGAACUGAACCGCAAGAGAAAAACAAAACUCGAUUUGGAAACUAAAGAUUUUCAAAAAAUAACAAAAUGUGGUUCGAAAUCAUACCAUCGGCAGCAAUCAUUACAAUUGCCCUGUCCAUUCCAACAUAUGCCAUGUACGGAAUACACAAGUUGACCCUUGGAAAUGCAUACCGUAGGAACAUGGACGAACGUUUCGACCGUGUUAUGUAUCAACGUGAUCGCAGAAUAAUGGACAACCCCUACAUAAUGAGCGGAUUGGAAUCGAUUAAAGACGAGAAAUCAGAAUGAAAUUUGUUACAAAAUUAAAAUAUUUAAGAAAAUAUAUUUUUGAUUGAUUCUCAAAAUAAAAACUUGUGAUUUA